GCAGUCAUAUGACUUGAUGGGCGUAACGCUGGAUUACUUAGGUGCUUUAGCUCCACGGUGGUUAUCGCGAAAGUCAUUGGCGUGUGGGGUACUUCUUGAUUUAAAGUAUCCUUAGUUCUCUCCAUAUCAAAAAUGUUGAAAAUCUGUGGACCGAAAUACGCCUUGUGUGGCUUGAUAAUAUCAAUUUGGGGCAUUGUUCAAUUGUUCUUGAUGGGCAUAUUUUUCUACGUGAAAAGCGUUGCCCUGAUUGAAGAUCUACCUGACACACACGUGGAGUUGACAACUCCCGAAGAAUUCUAUCAUGCGAUGGACAGAGGCUACUUACAAAAUGCCUACAACUGUUGGAUUGCAGCUUGCAUUUAUGUUCUCACUUUUCUAUUCUCUGGUCAUCAGUUCUACGUCAAUUCUAGAUCAUCUCUUAGCGUCUAAAACAAAAAGUCCUGUAUAAAAUUGUUGAGUCCUGAAUCAUUUUGAAAUGAAAUGCUGAUGAGGAGCUGCGGAUAGAAGCACAAAUUUGCUUCAAAGGUAAAACAUAAAAUUGAGUUCACCCUUGCUGCUUUGCUGCAUCUAAUAAUUGGAUCCUCAAAACUAUAAAGCUGCAUAUUCUGUUUCUGAUUUGUUCUCUCCGCGCUUACUCAAUCGUGCACAAUUUAUUUGUAAAAAAUCAUGUAUAUUUAUAUAAUCUGUAACUCUAUGAUAUGUUAUUGAUAAACAAUAUACCUCAUAGUUCAAUCCGUGAAGCUAUUAAUCAACAACAAAAUGUUUGAUUCAAUUUCUCAGCUCGCUCUGUCGGAUGUUUAUCAUUUUGUCGUUGCUAUCAUUCCACCACUACCGAGUCAUCGACAAUUGUAUCAUCCGCAUACAUGUGGUAUUAUAAUUCUAGGUAGAAUAGAAAUGCGGUGUUUGAAUAGUAUGAAUAUAAUCUUCAAUUCAUGUAAAUAAAUAGAGAAACAAUUACUACCUUA